CUUGCAUUCUUUUUGCUUCUUUAUAGUUAUUAACCAUUAUGCCUCUCCAUCCUGAAGUUCUCUGGGCUCAACGCAAGGAUCGCCUUUAUCUUACCAUUGCUCUUUCCGAUAUCCAGGAACCCAAGACUGAUUUGAAAUCCAAUAGACUUACCUUUACAUGCAAGCAGAAGGAUGGUAAUGUGACCAACGACUAUGGCAUUGACAUUCCUUUCUAUGACGAAGUUUCCACCGAUGAUGCCAAAAUCCAUGCAACAGCUCGUAAUUUACAACUGUGUAUUUUUAAGAAGAACAAGGAAGCUGAAUACUGGCCUCGCUUGCAAAAGGACAAGGUCAAGCCUGUGUAUUUGAAGGUGGACUUUGACCGAUGGGUCGAUGAGGAUGACGAGUUGGAAGGAGGAGCCGAGCAGGAUGAUGCUGGCUUCGAUUUUGCGAACAUGAUGAAUAUGGCCAACAUGGGUGGUAUGCCUGGUAUGCCCGGCAUGCCUGCCGAUAUGAAUGAUUUGCCUGAAGAUGAUGAAAGUGAUGAUGAAGAGGUGGAAGAAACCAAGUCUGACAAUAAAGCUUAGAUCCAUGAAGGGUGAUUUGCCCUUUUUUUUUUCUCAUCAAUGAAUUUGCUGAAAGAAUCUGGUGUUUUCUUUUUUUUUUUUUU